GGGCCGUUUCACCUCCAUCGAAGGUGAAAACGAGACAUUGGCCGAUAUGCCUAUUUCGAUAUCCGUUGUAAAACCGAAUUUUCGGUAUAGAUUCAGGCUUAUUAAUGCGGAGUUCCUGAACUGUCCAAUAGAAAUUUCCGUCGACAACCAUACUUUAUAUGUGAUCAGCUCAGAUGGACGUGAUAUUGAACCAAUACAAGCCGAAUCGCUAGUGAGUUAUGCCGGCGAGAGGUUCGAUUUCAUAAUCGAGAUGAACCAAUCAGUGGAUAAUUAUUGGAUGAGAUUUCGAGGACUGAUGGAUUGCGACAAGAGAUUUUUAAGCGCCUAUCAAGUCGCGAUACUUAGAUACGAAGGAGCGCCUGAAGAGGAGCCGGCAGUGGAAGUUUCAUAUGAUCGUGUGCGAAAUGAUUCUUAUGGAUUGCAAGUGAACGCUCUGAAUGAAGGAACUGAAUCGAAUAAUAGUAUCAGUAUCCCGAUGUUGACUGCAAUGGACGACGAUGACGUAUCGAAUACCAAAGAACCGGAUUAUCAGUUCUACAUAUCGUAUGAUUUUUACGCGAAAGAUAACCCGCACUUUCACCGCAAGAAUCUAUAUGGCUUCCAUCAAGUGAAGGAUACGAAACAGCGUUUGUUCACACCGCAACUGAAUCACAUAUCAAUGAAGCUACCACCAUUUCCGCUUCUACCCGAAAGAAACCUUAUUAAGCCAAAUCAGUUUUGUAACUCCAGCACAGUUGAGGGAUGCAAGAAUGAUUAUUGUGCUUGUACCCAUGUACUUCAAGUGAAAAUUAACAGUGUAGUGGAACUACUUUUGAUCGACGAAGGUGUUCCGUACGACGCGAAUCAUCCGUUUCACCUUCACGGUUAUCAGUUCCGCGUUGUGGCGAUGGAGAAGAUAGGAAGUAACAUCACGGCCGCCGAAGUAAAGGAAUUAGACAGGCAAGGUUUGAUAAACAGGACACUCACACGAGCACCUUUGAAGGACACGGUGACCGUGCCAGACGGUGGUUACACCAUCGUGCGAUUUCACGCCAAUAAUCCAGGAUAUUGGCUGUUUCACUGUCACAUUGAAUUUCACGCGGAGAUAGGAAUGGCCCUGAUCUUUAAGGUGGGCGAAGACGAGGAGAUGCCGCCGGUGCCUCGUAAUUUUCCUAAAUGCGGUGAUUGGAAACAGAUGGACGAUCAGAACGAAGAUAACUCAGAGACCACUACAAUUUCAACGACAAUCGCUGGGAAGGAAUCCAAGGAAAACAACCGUGUCAUGGAUGCAAUAGAGCAUCUCUUGAGAUAUAUGGCGUAUUUUGAGCAACUUCUGAAAUUACAGAUGACUUCUUCGGCGUCGAAUUCAAGUGUGACAUUGUUACUUUUUGUCGCUUGCCUUUUGAGUUCUAUGAUUCAUGCGCGUUCUUCGUGACAUAUGUAUCCAUGUAAAUAGUAAUAGCGGAUUAUAAAUAUAAUCGUAAAGAAUAUUUAUAGGAACAAAACAAUAUAAAUGAGUUAGAAAAAUAAUAUAAUAUAAUAUAAUAUAAUAUAAUAUAAUAAAUGAGUUAGAAGUGGGAAGUAGUAAGUAAUAGAUGGUUUUUUCGUCGCAACUAAUAUAUGUAUUAUAAAGUAUUAAUAUUCACGUUAAAGUAUUAAUAUUUAUAGAAAGUAUAUACACUAUUCACAUUUUUUUAUUAUCGAUAAUUGUCAGAUAUGUUGCGAUAAAGGCAAUCACGCGAAGUUGACGAGUUUGAAUUAAAAUUUUAAAGAUAUAUUAUGCGAUUAUAUUGUAUAUUAAUCUCAAAUGAGUAAGCGUACAUUAUAUCAGCAAGUGACUUAUAUUACUGUGAUAAAAAAGUAUAUUAUAAUUAUUUUAUAGUUAUUAGACUAUCGACUACACCACUCAGUAAUGCAUACGAAAUGUCCUGCUUUGAUACUCGUAUUAAUUUUAUUGACUGAUUGAUUUUAUUCGCGGAAUAAAUUUUUUAUAUGCGUAAAUAAUAGUUUUCGUGUA